AUGUUGUACAUCAUCGGUCUCGGCCUCGCCGACGAGAAGGACAUAUCGGUCAAAGGUCUGGACAUCGUGCGUAAAGCUGAGCGAGUUUAUCUCGAAGCGUACACUGCGAUCCUUCUUGUCGACAAGGAACAACUGGAAGCAUACUAUGGCCGGCCCGUCAUCCUCGCCGACCGGGAGAUGGUCGAAUCGCAAAGCGACGAGAUACUAAAAGAUGCCGAAACGAAGGACGUAGCAUUUCUGGUUGUGGGAGAUCCCUUCAGCGCUACGACACACACCGAUCUUGCCCUACGAUGCCGACAGAAUGAUCCACCGAUACCUACACGUACACUACCAAAUGCGAGCAUCUUGACUGCUGUAGGAGCAACGGGCUUGUCGCUGUACAACUUCGGCCAGACUGUGAGCAUGGUCUUCUUCACCGAUUCGUGGAAGCCGAGCAGUUUCUAUGAUCGGAUAGCGGAGAAUGCGAGCUUGGGACUACACACGCUGGUGCUGCUGGACAUCAAGGUGAAGGAGCCGGAUCUGCAGGCGAUGGCACGAGGGAAGAUCAUAUACGAGAAGCCACGGUUCAUGACCGUCGCGCAGUGCGCAAGCCAGAUGCUGGAGGUAGAGGACGAGAGGCAGCAGGGUGUAUGUGGGAAGGAGGCGCUUGCUGUGGGCGUAGCGAGACUGGGCAGUGAGGACCAGCAGAUCGUGGCUGGCACGCUGGAGGAGCUGAGUACGGCGGACUUGGGACGGCCGCUGCAUAGUCUGGUGCUGUGUGGGAAGAAGAUGCAUGAGAUGGAGUGGGAGUUUGUGAGAGAGUUUGCUGUCGAUCAAGGGACGUUUGACCAGGUGUGGAAGAGUGUGUACGGUGCGCAAAAAUGA